AACGGGCUGGGGCUGUUAUAGCCUGACACUUUCACUUUCUGAUUACUAGAAAUCAGGAGGACGUUUCCAGAGUGAAAAUACCGACACUGUCAGUAUUUGACGUUCCACUCAUCUAAACAGUGACUGUUUCUCCGUGGGUCUUACCUGGCAACGUAAUAAAGGUUGAUAAACAGCAGCAGAUCAGAGCAGAGGACAUCAAAUCCUGUUUCCCUACAGCAGCAUCAGUGUGACAAGUAUGAGUCAGGCAAGGACAAAGAGUUUGGAAAAGCCAUUCAGGAUCCUCCCACCAAAGUGGAGGACGGAGAAAUUCUUCACCAUUCUGACUGGAAAUACUCUGCGGUCUCAUAAGGAAAUCAAUCGCUGUCUCACUGCAAAAGGUUUAACUGAGGUGAUGUCACUAGAGGAGAGUGAUGUCAUCAUGGCUUUCUGUCCCAUCGUCUCUCGUGCUGGGACUGAUGUUGAGGCAGCACUGCAGCAGAUUCCAGCUGGUAAACGUGUCAUCCUGGUAGUGCUGCAUCACACCUUCGAUCCAGACUACACUGUACCUGACAGUAGCAGACUAGUGACCAGAGGUGAUGUAAAACUCACAGUGGACUGUCUCUUCUAUGAGAGCAAAGGACUACUGAAGUGUCUUCGCAAUGAAGAAGCAAUUAGAAAGAUUCUGGACAGGCCAGAAAUACAGCCAAAGGUGCAGGAUGAUGAGGACUGGGAACUAGUCAGAGAAGAAGCCAGUGAUGCCCCUGAGCAGGAAAACCUAGAGGCAAGGACAAUGAGUUUGGAAGAGCAAAUCAGGGGCCUCUCACCAGUUGCAGCAUCUGCCCUUGCAAGAGCUGGAAUUGAAGAGGACAUUGAUAUUCAAGAGUUAACAAGAGAUGAUCUGAACGAACUUCUGCCAGGCCUUGAGCAUUUCAAACUUAGGAAGAAGAUCAGUGAACUUCUAACCCAAUCUAAACAGGACACAGCUAAACCUAUCGAUUUAAUUCUUAACGAGUUUAGGGAAUUCCUUCCAGCUGUUGUCAUGAAGAAUGCACUUGUUCCUGGGGGAGUGUUACAUGGCUACGUAACUAUUCUUAAAGAUUUGGAGAAGCAGCUGGCCAAAGCCCUGCACUUCAUUCAGGAACACGUUGAACUGCUUGAGAGCUACAAUCAAGAAGAGCCGAUGGAGGCUGAGGGCAAUGCUGUGUCCCCAUCAGCUGACUCUGCUACAGCAGGAAACCAGCCAUCCAAUGUUGCAGCCUUAGAUGCUGUAGAGGCCCACCCCAAACGACCAAGAACAGAUAUGCCACUUACCACUGGUGGGCAGAACAGGCAAAUCUUCAAGGACACCCCACCUCAUACUUCAGGAGUAACUGGAAUAACAUAUGCUCCUCCAAGUACCACUGGUAGUGGGCAGUUCAGGUCACAAGACAAACUGGAGACCUCAAAAUCAUACUUUCCAUACACUUCAGGAGCAGCUGCUGUUGAGCCAUCUGCAACAUCCUACAAAGAUAAUUAUCAAAGCCUAAUCACUGCUCAAAAUAGGUCCUCAUCAGUACCUGGUAACAUCCAGGUCCCAAAAGAAAAGGAAGGAAAAGAAUCUGGAAGUUGGUGGAAUUCUUUCAGUGGAUUCAGAUUCAUUGAAACAAAACAUUUGCCGGAAGUUCAAGUCUAUUCACAAGUGUGUGGAAAAACCCUGAACACUCACCUUACACUCAUGAAACAAGUGGAGGAUCUGGGACUUAAACGAAAGGAGACCAGUGUAGAGGACUGCCAAGUCAUAAUGGUCUUCUGUCCUGUUACAUCUCGUGUGGGAACUGACAUUGAGGCUGCCAUGAGCCAAGUUCCAGGUAACAGAGAUGCCAUUCUAGUGGUGAUGCACCAUACUUUUGAUAAAUGCUUUGUCACAAGCCAGAGAUCUGCAUCUCACUACAAAAACGUAGUGGAGAAAGUUAAUGUUCUCUUCCAUGACUCUGAGGGACUUCUGCAGUGUAAAACAAAUGAUAAUGCAGUGACUCUCAUACAUAAGGCCUUACAGAAAUACAGCAGCAGUACUUAGACAUUAUUAAGUUCCCCAUUGUGGCAACAAAGAAAGUGUCUGAAGUCUGUAACAAGAUUACAACGCCACCAACAUGAUUUAAAAACCUACAACUUCCACCCAGGGCGUUGGUGACUCAUUCUAGUUUAGAAUAAAGCAUAUCACAAUCUGUGUAGUGAGCCAAAUGAAAGAUUAUCUUGAUUCUCAAUAACUACAAAAUUAGACUUCUCCCUGUAGAACCUCUGGUGUGAGUGAAUCUUUGAAGAUUAGAUACCUCAUACGUAUUUGUUUGUUUCAGCUUGUUCUACUUUUAGUAUUAGAAGCACUUAUUGUUUGAGGCAUUUCCUACUUUGUUACAUUAUGCCUCAAUCAGAGAUUGAACAGUUGUACCUACAGUAUCAUGAGUGUGUUGUUUCUGAAUUUGUCUUAAUUCUAUGAGAAUAAAUCAAGUACAAGUGUUGCAUAAAAUAUUGAAUAACUUAGUAAUAAUGACAUUGAUAACAUUUUUCCUCAACUCUUCUGAUAUCAAUAGAUUUAUUCAUUUGUGUUGAGGAAUUUCUGUCUCUGCAGAUGGACUAAUAAAAUCUAUUCCAAAGCUAAAUAAAGUUGUUCUUA